UUAACACGGGAAUUGUUUAUAUUGACAGAGCCUCAACGCACAUUAGUUGGCGGUAACGUUGGGUUGUCUGCAGCAUGGAAUUUGGUUUCCUGAAAUAUGUGAAUUAAGUUGUCAUAGUUUGAGUGGGUAGACGUUUAUUUGCGCUGUACAAUGUUACUUCUAUACGACGACUCGGUAAUUGUUUUGCUGUUGAAAAUUCUAUCACAUGUUCCAAAGCCACAACGGUAUUUAGCAUGUGAAAACCAUUCCAGUCUACACCAAAUGUUUCUGAGGUCACGUGAAAAUCGGUAUGGGCACUACAGCAAAUGUUGUGCCAUUGGUGACUUAUGGUUGUUUGCCUUAUUCCUAGGUUUGUUCAGUCAAAGUUGAUACUCCGUGGCGUGCCUUAUCUAAUGAAUACCUGGAGUGGUGUUGGAGUACUAUGUGUUUUUUGUAUUGUAACAGCUGCAUUGAAAAUAUAAAGUCAUCUGGCAUCAUUAAAAAGGCGGUCUGACCUUACUUAAAAUUGAAAACACUAGAGGUUUCGUAUCUAAUACCAUUGUUGAUUUCCUAAACAGCAGCAUUUUAAGUAGUAUAAGAACUUGGUAACUGUAACACAAGUUUUCCAAAGUAGGACUGCUGCAAUAAGCGUACGAAUCAGUACUUAGAAGACAGCCUAAUGCUUGAUGACAUGUAGUUUGCAGCUACCUGGAAACCGGUUAACUUUGCGGGUUUCGAGUCUAACGUCAAUUUUUUUGGCAGUACAGCACGUUAAUCAACGAAUGUCAUCUAGCUUAUGCUCUUCACUGGGUUUUUAUAUCCAUAACAAUUAAUUGCGGUAGAAUCGUUACUUCGUACACUAAAAUCUACCUAACUUCAACCGCUUUUCACAUCUAUUCCAGCUCACUAAUAAACCAAGUGUGGUACCUUGAGUAAACAAUUUCAGAAAGGUGUUCUACCUAUUACAUCAGUAAGAGCCGCAGUCGCCUAAAGUAACUAGAACUAUGGACUUACAAAAGUGAGGCUUAUGGAACUAGGUUCAGGAAGAUGCAAACGCUUAUUUUAGUCAUCGUUAAGCUUAGCAACCACAUAUCAUGCGUGUCAGUAGGAACGAAUGCAGUCUUGGUGAACAUUUUUGCAUCUGAUAUAUGGUUACGUUAUUUAUCUCUGCACUUUUGUUUUCCCAGGUAUCGCUCGGGAUCGUAUACACAAAAGGGCUAAAACUGGAGCACGUAGAGAGCGCAAUCGAAAGAAGAGGAAGUUCGAGUUGGGUCGUCCAGCUGCAAUGACAAAACUUGGACCUAAACGAGUGCAUACCGUACGCGUGAGAGGAGGCAAUUUCAAGUUUCGAGCAAUGCGUUUGGAUCAGGGAAACUUCAGUUGGCCUUCUCAGGCUAUUUCACGAAAGACAAAAAUCAUAGAUGUCGUCUACAAUGCCUCCAACAACGAACUUGUACGAACGAAAACCCUUGUGAAGAAUGCUAUUGUACAGAUUGAUGGGGCACCAUUCCGACAGUGGUUUGAGGCCCACUACCUGAAAGAGCUUGGGCGGCGAAAAAUAGUCGGUAAAAAAGGUAAUACCGUCACUCAAGAAAACCCGGAGGAUGACAUUUUGCAAAAAAAGCGAAGUAAAUCGGCCCUCAAAAAGUAUGAGGCUCGACAAGCUCUACCUCAGGCCAAUGUUGAAGAAGCUCUAAAAGAGGAGUUUGUAACUGGUCGAAUUCUAGCUUGUAUUUCCUCACGACCCGGUCAGGUUGGACGUGCAGACGGAUAUAUUUUGGAAGGAAAAGAACUGGAGUUCUAUGCCAAGAAAUUGAAGGCUAAGAAAGCCAAGUAAUUUUUAGAAAAUAAAUUUUGAAGGAGAA